AUGGAUAAUGUGGAAGUAUUGGAUGAAGAUUUCAUUAUAGACAACUCGGGGUCGAUAACUACGGUCUGUUUCUCUAAGAGGGUGCAUGAAAAGAUUGACCAAAGCAUAAAUAGGGUAUUGGUAGUUCGAUUACUUGACUGGCCGAUAGGAUACAAAGCUAUUUUGUCUAGGUUCUUGACCCUAUGGAAACCGGUUGGAGACGUGCAACUUGUGCAUCUUGACAAUAACUACUACAUUGCUAAGUUUUUGAAUAAUGCAGAUUAUACUAAAGCUUUUACCGAAGGACCAUGGACGAAAUAUGGCAGUUAUUUAACGGUCCAACCUUGGAGCCGUUCGUUUUUGACGUCGGAGAAACAUCCCUCUCAUACAAUUGUUUGGGUUCGAUUGCCAGGAUUGCCAUAUCGAUAUUAUUCCAAAGAUCUAUUCAUAAAGAUUGCAGAAGCGGUUGGAACCGUAGUGAAGGUGAACUAUAAUACUCAAGCUGGAGGGUUAGUCAAUAUCUGCUAUUCUUGUGGAAUUUAUGGCUAUACGAGGGAGAAUUGUGGUAAGUCGAAGGAUGCCACCGAGGGCGUGUUGAGUACAUAUAAUCUGGUGGAAAGAACCAUUUCUAGGCAAAUCUUUGAAUCACGAGGAGAAGACUUGUAUGUUCCUUGGAUGGUGGUAGAGAAAAUGAAGAGAAAGCCGAAAAUGGAUGAGAGAAGGAAUGCACGCACGGAAAAAUCUGUUGGAGGAAAGAAAAACUCGAUAUUUGUUGCGCUCGUUAAUGAAAAUCCUGAUGGGGAGCAAGAGAACAUUAAGGUAAUGGAGGGGGUCUGA